AUUAUAUUUCAAUGAGAGGUCUGCACGCAAAGAAAGAAUGCAAUAGGUACGUAAUUAGAGUUGUAGCCAUAUUGUAAUUCCUAUAUUCCACUUCAUAUAAUUAGAGUCUUCGUCUUAUAUUCAUGUAAACCCUAGGGUUCUCUGUGACAAAUUAAUUAGGGUUCUUUGUGACAAAUUAAUUAACCAGAGGCUGAAAAAUACGUGCAGCAGCUUGUAACAUGAAAAGGCCAAAAGGAGAAGACGGAUUCAAUUCCAUGUGCAGGAUAUCCAUGUUGCCAGAACACAUCAUGCAGAGAAUACUUUAUUUCCUCUCCCAAAAAGAAGCUGUUAGAACCUCCGUAUUGUCGAAAUCAUGGCGCAGUAUUUGGUGCACUCGCCCUAAUCUCGAUUUUUCGAUCCAGGCCUUCGAAGGAAACAAACAAGACUUUAUAACCACCGUGGACAACACUUUACAGCGAUACUUGGAUCAAAGGCUGUGCAUAGAGGAAUUCAGCCUUCGUGUAUCUAUAGGCGGUGACGACGACGAAGAAUCGAUGCCCACUCUUGAGCAAUGGAUCACAUUAGUAACAAAUAUGGGUUUGAAAGAGCUUCGUCUUCGGAAUAGUAUGGAAGACUAUAAAAAUAAUCAUCUGCCGCCUGUAGUCUUUGACGCCGAAUCGCUCAAAUAUUUGCACUUGGAUCGAUUCAUAGUGGACCAAAUCACUAUUCGAAGGAUACUACUCUUGAAGAAUCUAAAAUCACUUGAUCUUCAACGAGUCUCGAUUAAGGAUGAUAUUUUCAAGAAGAUAAUAUUGUCUUGUCCUUUGAUUGAAACUUUGGCUGUCAGAAACUGUCGAGCGUUAACAACAAUUGAUGCGACGAGUCUACAAAACCUAAAGAAGUUCACUUUUGUGAAUGAUAAUGUCCCCUUUGUGGAUGAUUGUAGAAUCAAAAUCCAUACCCAUUCUCUUGAAGUAAUCAAUUGUAAUGGUGGAUGUAUUCCGUUCCUCAGAGGUGCGGACUUUCGUAAUCUCACCCGUUUAUCUAUGACGGGUGUCGUUUCGCGGUUUGACCACUUGUCGACAUGUAAAUUCCCGAUCCUCGAGAUCUUAAUUAUUUUUGAUUGUUGUGGAUUUGAAGAAAUCAAGCUAUUUAUUGAUGCCCCGAAGAUAAACAAUUUUGACUAUUUUGGAGACUUUAUACCGUCCAUCUCUUUUGCAACAACUUCUUCGAGUGAGUGGCAUUCAACUAUACACCUGCAUUCUAUCAAUGUUUUUUCUUCUUUGUGGUUCGUCAAUCUAAACGAACUGCUCAAGUCGUUAAGCCAAUCCAUAAUUUCUCUCAACAUUGAUCAGUGUUAUCGCAUUCGAGAAAACAUUAUGGUACAAGACAAGAAUAUUAAACCAGUUGUGGUGGAUAGUUUGGGUUUGCGUUUUGAUUUAUCUACGAUUUCAUCUCUUAUGAAUGCUUUGUUUUGUGUUUGUCGUCCGAGAUUUAUCGAUGACUCUUUCUUCUGUGGAAGCGGAUGGAAGAUGGAUCACAUCAAUUGUCUGUGGAAUAUUCUUUUAAUGCGGAGAGAAUUUAGAAGGAAAAAUCAGUUAUCACAGUUGUGGUUUCGAGAUUUGGAGGAACUGAGAUUGGAGAUUCAUGACAAGAAUAAAGACGAAUGGCGUCCGAUAACUCUGUCACAAUGGCCACACUGUCGUCGACAAGGGGAAGACAUUAUUACUCGUAUCGUAUUGAAAUGGAGACAAACUUUGUGA